UGGUCUGGUCACGUGAAGACUCGGGAGCAUAGGGUUGGGGGGGGCAAACAUGGCGGACGAGACAGGGAAAGUAAACAUAGCUGCUGAGGAUAGCGGAACAGAACAGCAGCUAGAUGAGCCCGAAAUUUUGGUAGCCGCGACCGACGGCGGACCAGACCGGACCGAGAAGUCGGCUGCCGCGGCGGCAGAGAGCAGUUGGUCGGCUCCUCUCCUGUCUUUGGCUCGGAAGGCCACGGAGACGAUUAGCAGUGGAGUGAGCUACGCUGCUAUCCCAAGAAAUUCCUCACAAGAAGCCGCUGCGAGCUCCCCGACGCAGAGAGAGCCCGAAAAUGAUCUCAACAAUACUUCAAAAGAGCUUCCAGCACUGUCCCCCAAAAACCCCAUGUCAGUAGAAAGAUCCAACCUCCUAAGCAUGAUGAAGCUGAGCAUCAAACUAUUGAUUCAGUCCUCCUUGAGUCUGGGCAGGACGCUGGACGCGGAGCACCCUCCCCUGCAGCAGUUCUUUGUCGUCCUGGAGCAUUGCCUGAAACAUGGGCUGAAAGGCAAGAAAUCUUUCAUUGGUCAGAACAAGUCCAUAUGGGGACCCCUGGAACUGGUGGAGAAGUUGUGUCCAGAGUCUGUUAACAUUGCCACAAGUGCCAGAGAUCUGCCCGGCAUUAAGACUGGUUUGGGUAGAGCAAGAGCUUGGCUGCAUUUAGCACUCAUGCAGAAGAAAGUAGCUGAUUAUAUGAAAGCUUUGCUGGACCACAAAGAUCUCCUGAGUGAGUUUUAUGACUCUGGAGCAUUGAUGUUGGAGGAGGAGGGGGCCGUGAUGGGGGGGCUGUUGGUGGGCCUCAACGUAAUUGAUGCUAACCUUUGUAUUAAGGGGGAGGAUCUUGAUUCUCAGGUGGGAGUUAUUGACUUCUCCCUUUAUCUGAAAGACCCUGCCAACACUGAGACUCCAAAAGAUGAUUCCAAGAUGACAGCCAUAUUAGAUCAGAAGCACUACAUCGAGGAAUUAAAUCGUCACCUGAGCGGCACCGUCACCGACCUUCAAGCUAAGAUGGACUCUCUAGAGAAGACCAACAGCAAACUUGUAGAGGAGCUGACUGCAGCAACAGACAGAAUCAACUCCCUGCGGGAGGAACAGGAACAGCUCAGGCAGGAGAAUAAGUCAAUCUUGCAGUCCAGUCAGAAAAAGGAAGAGGCAGCCCUUCAGGACAGUCAGGUGGAGCUGGAGACCUACAAACAGACUCGACAGGGCCUGGAUGAAAUGUACAAUGUGGUUUGGAAGCAGUAUAAAGAAGAAAAGCGCAUUCGCCAGGAGCUGGAGCGUGAGUUGGAGCUCCAGGUGGGCCUGAAGCAGGAGAUGGAGGUGGCCAUGAAGCUGUUAGAGAAAGACACACAUGAGAAACAGGACACACUGGCAGCCCUUCGGCUCCAGCUUGACCAAGUCAAGACUCUUAACCUACAAAUGUUCCACAAAGCUCAGGACUCGGAACAAGAAGCUAAAAAAAAGGAGGCGAAGGCUGUCCAGCUGGAGCAGCAGAUGGAGGAAAUGGAGAAAGCCAUGAAAGAACUAGAGCAGAGACUACAGAACUCAGAGCAAGAGCGCAAACAAAGUGACCAGUCAGACAGAGAUAUGAUGGUGGAGCUGGAAGGCAAGGUGGAUGCUUUGCAGACACAGCUGACAGACCUGGAUACACUAAGGCUGGGUUUGGAGAAUGAGCUGCGUGCUGAGAGGGAACAGAGACAAAGCCUGCAGAAAUCUCUCCAGAGGGAACAGGACAACAGCAUCGAGCUCCGCACACAGCUGCAGCAGCUCCAGGGCCUGCACACGGAGCUGCAGGACUUGAAGCAGGAGAAGCAGCAUUUACAGCAGAAAUGUGAGCAGCAGGAACAGGCUCUACAGGAAAUGGGACUUCAUCUCAGCCAGUCUAAACUUAAGAUGGAGGACUUCAAGGAGGUCAACAAAGCUCUGAAGGGUCACGCUUGGCUCAAAGAUGAUGAGGCCACUCAGUGCAAGCAGUGCCAGAAAGAGUUCUCCAUUGCACGCAGAAAGCACCAUUGUAGAAACUGUGGAGACAUCUACUGCAACAGUUGUUCCAGUAAUGAGCUGGCUUUACCCUCGUACCCCCGACCUGUGCGGGUGUGCGAUAUGUGCCACUCCCUCCUGCUGCAGAGAAGCUCCUCCACAGUUUCCUGACAAAACACCCUUCAAGCUUCAAAGUUUCUGCAAGAGCUUUGUAACACGACACAUACUAAUCCACAGUUAUUUUAAACUACGUCACUGCUCAAGACAAAUGUCAUCACAACUUACGGAAAUGGUGUUUGGUGUUCCAUUUCCGCUAUUACCUGAGAUUCAGUACCAUUAGUUCAUCUGUGUUAAAUUAGGGGCCACAUUUUAACACUGAAGGAUUGAGCUGAUAUAGAGGAGGCAGACUCCAUGUUAAGAAGACUUCACUUUGCGUAGAGGUUGAAAUAUUUUUAGUAUAUUUAUGUGAUCAAUUUUUUUUUGGGUCUAAAAUGAUCAGUUUGACAAUUUGGUACUCAAGGUCAUGCAUCUACUCUAACAUUUGCAGCUAUGGCCCCACUGCUGGAUACAUGCAAACUUGUUGUGUAAAUGACUUUAGAAUGUUAACAAAUCUAUUUUAUAAUGUAUUAUAACAGGGUUUUGUGGAUUGCAUCAACUGCUAUAAAGCCAUUUUCUUAAUUUGGGGA